AGUUGAAGUUUAGUGACAGUUCAGCACUUUGCUACGACACAACGUUCAUUUUAUGAAGUUAAAUGAGUUAGAAGCUAUGGAGAAUAUAUAGCUAAAGUAAAGUUUCAAAAAGCGAGUGUAAUUGUUGAUGAAGUGAAACAUGUAACUACUGUGUUUCACAUUAAAUCUUCUCUUCUGACUGUCAGACCGGAGCGACAGGAGCUGAGUGGAGUCUGACUUGAUGGCCAACAUAUCAGAGACGGGGCUUUGUACUUCACACUCAGACUGUGAUGAUGGAACAGUUACAGAUAGAGGACAAGAAGAUUUGUUGUCUAUGGAGCAUGGUUUGGAAAAUUGCUCAAGUUCAACUGAGUAUAUCACCGAUGACAGCUCCUAUUACGUCACAUGGACAGUUAACAUUGCCCUCGCUGUUCCAAAAGGGGAAGAAGUUGAUGUGCCUGAAGCUCAUGGAAAGGCCAAGAAAACAAAUUCAUCUACUGUCUUGGUGAAAGCCCAUAAAGCUCAGAGCUGCUAUCAUAUUGAAUACAAGUUGCUACCAGGUGAUACAGAGACAGUCAAAGUGGACCUAGUAGUGUUUGGGCCAGUGGCAAAAAUGUACAAAGAAGAUGAGUUCAAGGUUCUGAGGACAUGGCACGAAGGAGACGAGACAUGGAUUGGUUGGACCCAGAACUUCAAAGUCAGAGUCAACAGGGAGAUGUUGAUCAGUCUACUUUCUCAUAAGAUCAAACUCCAGAUAUGGAACAGUAAGGACAAAUUGUCCAGCCAGGCCCGCUUUGAAAGACUGAAAGCCUUCAGAUUAACACAGGAUCUGUCUGAGUACACAACAGACAUGUGUGGGGGUAUCAAGACUAUCGUAAACAAACUGGCGAGGAAGUCAAACACAUCUACAAAGCACCAAAGGGAUAUACUGUUAAAUUCCAACUCAGAGGUGGGCUCAGGAACAGAAUUUCAAAAACCCACAACUGAUGGUUUGGCCCUUAAGGAUAUCAGAAAGAUUGGCACUGUGUCAGCUGAAAUCAGUCCCAUUCUUUUGUUGGCGGGUGAGACCUCAGUGACUGAACGCUUCCCAGUCUGUUCAUCGGGAGUAUUUGAGGUCAUGUGCGACAUCUCUCUGGACAGACUGUUAAUAUCUGACAAACUAAAGGCUGAACUUAAUCCACUGAUCAUCACUAUUUUGUCAGCCACAUCCAUGCCUUCAUCGCCUGUCCCCUUCCAUGUCCUACAGGAAAAAUGUGUGCCUGUGUAUUGCCAAUACAAGUUCCAUAACUUCAACAUGCAUAGAACAGAGUAUCACAGGCAUGGCACUAACAUCUACUUCAGAGAUGUGAAUGUGAUCCUGACCGGCUUGAUGAGUCCUGAAGAACUCAAAGAGUUCCUCUCUGGUCCACCUCUUGAAAUAGAGGUCCAUGAUCGUGAUAAAAAGUUGGAAGAAACUCCCAAACCUCUAGCAAUGUUCGGCACAGGGUCAGAUAAUGACGCCCUGUGUGAUGUGGCACUAUCAAAGCAGAAGACAGUUGUCAUUAACUCUCAUGGGAUCGCGUGCCUGAACUUCUCAGAACUGCUGCUUGGGAAGAAAAGCCUCACGGUGCCCUUACAAAUCAAAUGCUGCCCUCCACCUCCACUGUUGGACAGGCAGCGAAGUGCAAGGAACAGGAAGAUGGCAAACACAGGAGCUAGCAGAGAGCCCAUGCAACAAGGCCAUUAUUUAGAUGCCAAUUCUCAACUCAAAGUCAAGGUUGAGAUAGCUUGUCCACUCAAAUAUACAAAUGACAGCUGUGAAGUGAAGUCCUGUGAUGGUCCAUUUGGGCGCAUCAUCUACCUCUUUGACUAUAACAACUUCUCUUUGAUGAACAAGCUGAGGUCAGAAAUUCUCCGAAUCAAUGCAUCAGCUUUCCAUCUGGGCUCACACUCGCUGGAAAAUAUAGAGCAAGCUCUUUCAAAUUACAUAAUGAAUUUCAAGCACGAUGAGAGCAAGGAUCUGGAUUUCGUUACAGGAUUCCACGUGCUCGAUAAGAAGACACACAUCUUUGUUCUUGAAGGGCUUAAACAUAAAGCAGUCAAGCGACUUUGGGAGGCUGUUCCUAUGAAGCUAAGUGGGAGUGAGGAGGAGCAGGUGAUAGUCCUCUACAAUUCAAACCUGGCUUUCUUCAAGCGCAUCUAUGACUCAUUAGAUGUGGGCCUGAGACCUAUCCAUUUAAAUGAGUCACUGGAGACCAUCAUGAGACAGCCUCUGGUCUAUAUUAGAGGCAUGGUCCCUCAACCCUGCUUCCAAGCUUUGUUAAGGUUAAGCCAGCUUUGUCAAGUAAGACAACUCAAAGAUGUGGUGCAGUGCAACCUCUUCCCUUCAGCUGACAUGAUUCUCAGCAUGCGCAAGGAAUAUGGCACAUAUGCUGAGGAGUGGCAGCAAAAUGACAGGGCAAAUAUGGUGGACAUGACGACUAUGCUGGUCCGCAUGAAAAGACAUGCACCGCUUGACGCACAGAAUAAAGAGUACAUGAAAUGGAAACAUAACAGCCACCAGUCGCUGCUCAAAGUGUCCAAGGACUUCAUUCAGGACAAUAUUAAGCGGGUGCAAGAGGACAGCGAGCGGCUGCAGAAGCCAGAAGCUGCUGUGUUAAGGAUGGAACAGUCUGCAGCCAGCCCAGCACACAACUACAGUAUCCAGACCUUCAACUCAAAUGAGAGAGCCAAGGAGCUACUGCACAAAGAGAUGCUCCAGGUUCCAGGGCGGAGGUUCACCUACAGUCAGCUGUAUCACAGUGCUACAAUGGAGCAAGGAGACAUGACUUCUAAAAGUAACCCUAACAUCACAGCUGCCUCUGCACUUUGGUUCACAAGUAUGGGUGGGGACAAGUCCAGAAAGCACCCUAGACACCCAGAUGAGGCUCGUGUUGAAGAGCUGAGCAAGCCUUGGAGAGAGAACAUCCUACAUGCCAACAUAUUGAAGCCUACACUGUCAAGAGACAUAUGGGCCUGGAGCCAGCGCUAUGAGGACUUUAAGCUCUACAGAAAACCUCCCCCUUUCUUCAGCCAACCUCCUGUAACCAUUCACCUGGCUGGAGAGCCUCUGCAGCAGGAGCAGCUGGAGGCAGCCAGAGCUCAGUACUGUCGCUGGCUGAGGAAGCUGCUUCCUGGUCACAGCAGCAACCCACCAAGGAAAGGCUCUUUCCCAGAGUUCAAGUGUCACAUGGGGGGAAACUCAGAGAGAACUCAAGAUAUACUGAAAGAUGAGCCUAAGAAGUAUUCACUGAGGAAACCAGGCAUGAUGCUGGAGCCUUUGCCUCAACUGUAUGUGAUGAACUUGGGUGAGAGCACAGCAGGAGAGAAGAAGAGCAUGGCUCUGGCCCCGGGCCCCUGCAUGGACUGCAGCCUCAGCAGCAAAAAUAAUGCCAUCACCAGACACAUCUACAAUAAGGACCACUACAAGUCAGUUUAAGUUAGAACAUUUAUUCAAAAAAUAUAAACCUGGCAGAAGAAAUCACAGAAAGAGUCAUGUGUUCAUGUUUUAUGUUCUGAUACUUCUUUCAGUGGAUUCAGUAAGCAGCAUCCAUUCCUGUACAAGCGGACUGCCUUGCCUCUGACGGACGAGGAGAGGAGUAUCUUCACUUUCAAAACAUGAAGUCACAUACAACAGCUGUCCAACCUUUCAGGAAUACUGGUAGAGCCAGAACCCACAAACACUAUCCCAUGUAGACCAACUAGGCAAAUAAGCAUUUAAACUAGUACCUUGUGCAUUAAUUAAAGCAUUUUGAAUAAAUCUCAUAUACCAUCAGAAAAGAAUGCCAAAGAUCUCAAAAUGUGUUAAAUUUGAAGCCAUAGUUAAUAAAAUACAGUAACUACUAGCAUACAUCUCUUAAUGUAUUGAUAAAACAACAUGGUCUCACAGGAAUCCGUGA